GGGUAGCAUUGAUAGCUGGGGCCCCCGCUCUCCGAGAGCACAAUGAGCCGGCGAGCGGUAGCGGCUGGGAGACGGGGGUGCUCCGCAGCUGCAGCGCACAAAGCGGCGCAAGGACAAUGAAGGCGUUGCUGUCUCUCAGCCGGGUCGCUCGCACGGCACUCAGGAGGCUGACAAAGGAGGCGCCGGCCAACUACCGACUGGCAGCAAGCAUAGCGGAAUCUCAGCCUUACUUUGGCCUCCUUGUUGACAUUGAUGGAGUGUUGGUGCGAGGAAAAACUCCCAUACCAGCUGCCAGGAAAGCUUUCAAGAAGCUGGUGAAUGUUAAAGGAGAAUUUUUAAUGCCCGUGGUGUUUGUCACAAAUUCAGGAAACUGUGUUCGACAAGUAAAAGCCGACCAAUUAACUCGUGUAUUGGGAGUGCCUAUUUCUCAGGAUCAAGUUUUGAUGUCUCACAGCCCAUUGCGAAUGUUUAAACGUUACCAUGAUAAAUGUGUACUGGUCUCGGGGCAAGGCCCAGUCAUGGAGAUUGCUAAAAGCAUUGGGUUUACCAAGAUUAUUACCAUAGAAAUGUUGCGAGAGGCAUUCCCCUUGUUGGACACGAUGGAUCAUGACAGAAAACCCGCAUUAUCGCCAUCUCUGCCUGUGAAGUUUCCUAAUAUUGAAGCCAUUAUCCUGUUUUGUGAGCCUAUCCAGUGGGAAACACAUCUUCAGUUGAUUAUCGAUGUCCUCUUGACUGCUGGAAACCCAGACAACAUUCCUCAGAAGUUGCAGUACCCUCACAUUCCUGUUGUGGCUUGCAAUACAGAUUUGCUGUGGGUAGCAGAGAGCAAAUCACCAAGGUUCGGUCAUGGAAUAUUUGUACUGUGUCUUGAAAACAUUUACAAGAAAAUCACUGGCAAAGAUCUUAAAUAUGAGCUGUUAGUAGGAAAACCAAAUGAAAUAACCUAUCAUUAUGCAGAGUGUCUCAUAAGGGCUCAAGCUGCUGAAAGAGGAUGGCGGAAACCUAUUCACACACUUUAUGCCAUUGGGGAUAAUCCAAUGACUGACAUCUACGGUGCUAAUCUAUACAACCGCUACCUUGAAGAGGCAUCUUCUAGAAAAGGCUCAUGGUUACAAGCUAAAGCUGCUGCAGGAAAACAAACAGCCACAGUUUCCCAAGAUGAGGAAGUGGAUGUAAUAGCAAGUGAACUGACACCAGGUUCUGCUACUUGCUGCAAGUCUGUGCUGGUUUGCACAGGUGUGUACAGUCCCUCAAAAGGUGCUUUAGUCAGCCCAGAGGAACUUACCACAGGGGCUGUAUUUCAUGGGCACAGGGACUUCAGGUUUGAUGCUGAUUUAUCUGAUCCAGACUAUAUUGUACCAGAUAUUGAUUCUGCUGUGGAACUAAUCUAUGAACUGGAAAGAUAUGUGCCUAAGUAACCUUUUUAAAGGAAGUAAGCCUCUACUUAUAUGCCAAGCUUACAACUGGACCUAGGAAAAAAUGGAUUUUAAAAAAAUUAUAAAAACAAGUUGCCAAGUUCAGUCCAAACAGACACCAAAUUGUCUAUUAUACUGCGUACACCUGUAUUUAUCAAUAACCCCGCCCUAACACAAGUCUCAGUUUGGAAUAAUUGUGGCAAACUGUUAACUUUUUUUUCUAAUGGCCAUUCAGUGAGAUCAGGUUCUAAGCUGUGUAACUUGCACAGGUACUGAUCCCACUACUUUUAUGAAAGUGUACAAUGUAUAAUUUUUGAGUCUACUGUAUAAGCAUAUUUUUAUUAUUUAAAAAAUUUCAGCAGACUACAGCUAUGUGGUUUAUUUUCUCUUCACUCCUGCUCUGUCUAAAAAAAAAUUUGUGUUUCUGUUCCAUCAUAUUCCUAAAUGAACUGUGGCUGCUGGUUUCUACAUCUUCAAAAUAUGAACAUGCAUGUAACUUAGUUUGAUCCACUACAAUUAUUAGUUGCAAAGUAGGGAGAACUAAAUCAUUUACUGGAACUUCUAUUAAACUCAAACUUAUCCUUGAGACAGGAGUGAGAGAACUAUAUUUUCAAACCAGUGUAUGCAACUGUUUACUGAAACAACGUUGCUAAAUCAGUAUUAUUGAGCUUAAUGUUUAAACACUUCAAUCAUUACUCAUAAAAUCUCCCCCUCAAAUCUGAAUCAUUCACAUUUAGGUGAAGAUGUAGAAUGUAAGAUGCAUAUACGUAAAACCAGUAGAACAAACCUCGGUUGGUGUCUGUACAGUUUUCUACUUUUCUCUUUUAAUGAU